GUGCUCGUCACCGGCGCCGCGGGCUUCAUCGGCUCGAGCCUCAUGGCGUCGCUCGGCGCGCGCACGGCGAACCGGCCCCACACGGUCGUCGGCCUCGACUCCUUCAACGACUACUACGCCGUGUCCAUGAAGCGCGCGCGCGCGGAGCGCCUGAAGCGCGACUUCGGCUACGACGUCGUCGCCAUGGACGUCUGCAACGCGUCCAUGGUCGAGGCGCUGUUCGCGAAGCACGCCUUCACGCACGUCGUCCACCUCGCGGCCCAGGCCGGCGUGCGCUACUCCAUCACGCACCCCAUGACCUACGUGCACAACAACCUCGAGUGCGUCGUCUCGCUCCUCGACUUCGUCGCGCGCCGCGAGGUCCAGCCCCACUACGUCUACGCGAGCUCGAGCUCCGUCUACGGCCUCAACAAGAAGAUCCCCUUCUCGGAGCUCGACCCCAUCACGCACCCGGCGAACCUCUACGGCACGUCAAAGUUCGCGGACGAGCAGAUCGCCGGCGCGUACCACAACAUCCACGGCCUCAAGUCCGUGGGCCUGCGCUUCUUCACGGUCUACGGGCCCUGGGGGCGGCCGGACAUGUCCGUGUAUUUGUUCACGAACAAGAUCGAGAACGGCGAGACGAUCACCGUCUUCAACCACGGCGACAUGUGGCGCGACUUCACGUUCAUCGACGACAUCGUCCAGGGCAUCGAGCGGUCCAUGGAGUACUGCGCCGACAACGCCGCCGUCUUCAACCUCGGCAACUCCAAGCCCGUCAAGCUCGACUACUUCCUCAAGACGCUCGAGGGCGAGCUCGGCGGGCCCAAGACGAAGAUCCACUACGAGAAGUCGAACGCGGAGAUCAAGGAGACCUACGCCGACGUGUCCAAGGCCCACGAACUGCUCGGCUACGAGCCGAAGACGUCCAUCGAGGCCGGCGUCAAGUCCUUCAUGGCCUGGUAC